ACACUCAAUCAUCCCCAAACUAUCUUAUUAAUGGAGAAUUACAAUCUACUCCUUGCUUCAAAUCAUUCUUCUUCAUCAAACAAUAGCUAUCUCCUUCAAUCAUCACAUGCAGAUCCCUCUGUUCUUUCUGAGUCGCAGGAGGAAGAAAAGAAACAGGAGAGCUACGAUGAAAGACCAGACAAGGAGAAGAAGAAAUCUACAGCCAAAAUAGCAAACAAGAUUAGGAAGCCCCGCUUUGCCUUCCAGACGAGGAGUAAAGUCGACGUACUAGAUGAUGGCUAUCGUUGGCGUAAAUACGGGCAGAAAGCAGUUAAGAACAAUAAUUUUCCAAGGAGCUAUUACAGAUGCACACAUAAGGAUUGCAGUGUUAAGAAGCAAGUUCAAAGAUUGUCAAUGGAUGAAGAGAUUGUUGUAACCACAUAUGAGGGAGUACACACUCAUCCUGUAGUGAAAUGUACUGACAACUUUGAAAACAUCUUAAACCAAAUGCAAAUUUACUCCAGUUAAGUAAUGAUCUGCUAAUUAUUUAGCUGAACCAUUUGUGUAAAGGGGGAGAAUAUUAUAGUCUUUAGAUAUAAACCUCUUGGUUUUAGUUAGCAGUCUCUAUUGAGUUGUACAGCCAUUUGAAAUAAGCAAGAAAGCUACUUUUAUGCUGAAGCAAAGGUAUUUGAACCUUUAUGUUAUUUGAAC